GCGCCAAUUUAUGACCAUGUUUAUGUUUUAUGUGUUUUCAUUCCAGGCACACAGGAAGCUUACCUAUUCAUGGGGAUGCACCAGCAAAAACUGCUCUGUACAGAGAUAUGUUUCUGUUGUUGUCCCAGAGGAUUUCUCGUCACCAGGAUUUUUCGAGGCCAGCUUUUGAGUCCGAACUUUCACAAUUCCGGAGUUGUGAGAUAUCUCCUAUUCAAUCACUGGUUGGGCAAAAAGGUAGAAGAUGGGUAAUGGGAGUAAUAUCUCAGCUGGAGGAUGGACAUUUUUAUUUGGAAGACCUUACUGCUUCUGUUGAAAUCAAUUUAUCUGAUGCUAAUAUAACUACAGGACUCUUCAUAGAGAACACCAUAGUUGUGGCUGAAGGCGAGAUGCUUGUAGAGGGUAUUUUUAAGAUUUUAACAUGUGGGUUUCCACCAUUAGAAGAUAGAGAUAAAUCACUUCAAGUGGUUGCAGGGCAAGACUUUUUCGGUGGUGGUACUUUUACAAAAGAGGAAAUGGAAAAGGGAUGA